UGUUAGGAUCCAGGAUUAUCCAGUGAUGGGCUAAGAUAAUAAUUUCAAAGCCCUAAUGAAAAGGCCUUCAAUUUCAGAUGAAAAGUCAGAUAGAAACAGUAUACCUUUAAGCCCGAAAAGCGCGUCUUCGCCAACUCGCUCUCUCUGCCUUAGAGAAGUGGAUCUUUCUCACAUUUCUCAGGCCAGUUUGAUAUCCGAUCAGAUACUUUUUCCUCAGCAAUGAAUUUUCUGCAGAGAUAUACUACUACACAUCAUAAUGCGGUGACAGAACAUGUUCCUCCUGUAUAUGAGCCUCCGAUAGACACGCGUUAUGCAUCGUCAAAACCAUCAGCAACUUUGGAAGGUCUUAUAGCUGAGGAUCCAUUCCAGCAAUCUCCUACAGCUACUGAAGCUCAUGACGACGAUGCAGCUCAUGGAUCUACUGUUGCAGGCGAAAAUGGUAGAGCUGGUGGUGGUGCCAGUGCUAAGAAUGAGUCUAUAGAUGUGGAGAAUCACUCUGAUGUUUCUGAAGAAGAAGGAUGGAUUACUAUUCCACAUGGGAAACUUCCUGAUGGCUGGAAUAAUGCACCAGAUAUAAAUUCACUCCGCUCGCUGGAUCGGUCAUUUGUUUUUCCCGGUGAGCAAGUUCAUAUCCUGGCAUGCUUGUCAGCAUAUAAGCAGGAUACAGAAAUUAUUACUCCAUUUAAAGUUGCUGCAGUGAUGUCCAAAAAUGGCAUAGGACAAAGCCCUGAAAAACAAAAUGGAAACAUGAAAGAUAGAACAAAUUUGGAGUCGGGAGAAGAAAUGGGCUCUGGCAACCAAUUGAUGGACCAAAAUCAGAAUGAGCCAUUAAAACAGGAGAUUGAUUCACAGAAGGAUAUUUCUGCCAGUGAAUCCUUCCUCAGAAUGGAAGAUCACAAAAGACAAACUGAAUCGUUAUUGCAAAGAUUUAGGAACUCUCACUUUUUUGUCAGGAUUGCGGAGUCAGGGGAGCCACUUUGGUCUAAGAAAGGUACUUUUGAUCCCAGGUCUUCUGAGAUGGAUGGUCAGAACUCGACUGCAAAUAAUAUAUCUCGACUUGGUGCUCUUGUUGAUAGAGGGAAUUUUGAUUUAAAUGUCUCUGGUGGAGCAGCAAGGAAUACUGUUAACUGUUACUCUCUUUCUAAUGGGGACAUAGUGGUACUUUUACAAGUUAAUAUUGGUGUUAAUUUUUUGAGAGAUCCUAUCAUUGAGAUUCUUCAAUUUGAGAAAUAUCAGGAGAGAAAUCUGUCUCCUGAGAAUCAGGAGAACUUAAAUUGCGUGAAUUAUGAUCCCUGUGGUGAAUUGUUAAAAUGGUUGCUUCCUUUGGAUAAUACUCUUCCUCCUCCAGCUCGUUCUCUAUCUCCUACUCGUUUAGGUUCUGGUUCAGGAAUAGUUGGUGCUUCUCAAAAGCCUUCUCCUUCUGGUUCUCAGCUCUUCUCCCAUUUUAGAAGUUACUCCAUGUCAUCAUUGCCUCAGAAUACUGCAUCAUCUCCUCAACCUGUGAAAACCCAAAGUUCUAAACCCAGCUUUGACAUUGGAGACUGGAACCAGUACUCAUCUCAGAAGUUAUGGAAAAGUCAGAAGGUAGGGGUUGAAGGUCUUUUAUCUUUCCGAGGUGUAUCAUUAGAGCGACAAAGAUUUUCUGUUCGUUGUGGACUCGAAGGCAUCUACAUUCCUGGAAGGAGAUGGAGGAGGAAACUUGAAAUUAUUCAACCAGUAGAAAUUCGUUCUUUUGCUGCUGACUGCAAUACAGAUGACCUUCUUUGUGUUCAAAUAAAGAAUAUUUCUCCAUCAAGCAAUGCUGAUAUUGUUGUAUUUAUAGAUGCUAUAACAAUUGUUUUUGAGGAGGCUUCAAAAGGUGGCUCACCUUCAUCUUUACCAAUUGCUUGCAUUGAAGCUGGAAAUGACCACUAUUUGCCAAAUUUAGCCCUCAGGAGAGGUGAAGAGCACUCUUUUAUUCUUAAACCAGAUUGCUCUAUGCAGAAAACUCUAAAAGCUCACAGUGAAAGAAUUUCUCCAUCGUCAAGUUUGCAUCUUGCACCUAGUCCCAUUGAAGGAAGGAGGAGCAUUUCGGAUGCUGAUAAGUAUGCAAUUAUGGUAUCCUGUCGGUGCAACUACACAGGGUCUAGGCUAUUUUUUAAGCAGCCAACCAGUUGGCGACCACAAGUCUCUAGGGAUCUUAUGAUCUCUGUUGCAUCUGAAAUAUCAGGACAAUCUUCUGGAUCUAAUGAAAGAUCUUCUCAGCUUCCUGUUCAGGUCUUAACGCUUCAGGCUUCAAACUUGACACCCAAAGAUCUAACUAUGACAGUUCUUGCACCUGCCUCAUUUACUUCUCCUCCUUCGGUAGGGUCCUUGAGUUCACCAACGACACCAAUGAAUCCAUUUGUUCGUUUAUCCGAGUCUACUACAAUACAGAGGCUGAGUUCUGCGCCUCCUUCAGAGAAUCCAAAGCAGAGCAGUAAUGGUGGAGUUCACUCUCAUUCUUUUAAUCAGCAAUCUUCUCCCAUAUCUGAUGUCAUUCCAAGUGAUGGUUUGGGUUGCACGCAUCUGUGGCUGCAGAGUAGAGUUCCACUAGGAUGCGUUCCUGCUCAAUCAACAGCUACCAUCAAACUUGAGUUACUUCCCUUGACCGACGGCAUAAUUACACUGGACUCAUUGCAGAUUGAUGUUAAGGAUAAAGGUCUUACCUACAUUCCUGAGCAUUCACUGAAAAUAAAUGCAACUUCGAGCAUUUCUACAGGGAUUAUUUAGGAUCAAUUUAGUGUAAUUUCUAUUUGUUAUCACACUUCUUCAACUGCGGAAAAGAUUUCGAAAGGCUGCCUGAUAUGUGGCAUCUAGUUAUUUCCUCCCUUGAUGUUGUGGGAAUUGUUGUGUUGAUCUGUUUUGAAAAUACAACCUCACCUGAUGUAUCUUAAAUCGUGACCGCGAGAAGCAAUAUUUGUUCUAUAGCCCGGGAUGGGAAAGAAAUAUACCCUUUGUAGACAGUUUACACUUGUAUGACAGAACAAUUCAUUCUUGAUCU